AUGCCGCUAAAGGACCCGUCUCAUGCCAUAUUCUUGGACUACUUUGUUAGAGACGCCUCUGCCGCCAUCUGCUGCCACGAGGCCAUCCAGCAAGACACAUGCAAUGCUGUCGUCUCUGUCGGGUCAGCUUUCCCCAGCCUCCUCUACUCGACUCUACUUUUCGGAGCUCUUCACAAGGCAUCCAACACCCACCGCGACAUCGGCCGUCAACAGCUAGAUAUUCGCAUCAUGGAGUUGCGCGCUUCUGCACUUUCUCUGCUACAAGCAGACUUGCAUGACCCUGGCCAUGCCAAUAGUGUCGCCGUCAUUGCUACCACCUUGAUGCUCGCAAAUUGCGAAUUGCACUUCGACCCUGACGCCAGCUUUUGGCGAAGUCACUUUGAAUGUGCGAACCUGCUGUUGGCAGACGCACGACGACGGGAAUCCGAUGAGCCUGAUACCAUUGGUCUAUGGCGGCUGAUCAAUAGGCUGUUCUCACUCCUGGAAUUCCUAGUCUCAUUACCGGCCCCCAGGCCCUCAAAGUCUAUGCCCGUCGUCUCCAAAGCCUACCCCGAAGAGCUACCUUUCGUGGAGAGUGUUGGGGUUAUCGACGCUCUCAGAUCACUAUGUCGCAGCAAAUGCGUCCGAAUUGGUUCGCAUCGGCAGUGCGACGAGAGCCAAACCGAGGCUUUCAGAAUGGCGAACUGUGUGGCGCAUCAUAUCGCUCUAAUAUUCCUUCAUCGAUGCGGCCUGGAACUGGAUCGGGAGGCGGAUGCAGUGAAGAGCUCGGUCGCCAGCAUUGUACACCUUGCAGAUGCUAUGCCCAAACACAGUGGUCUUCACCCCUCUAUUGUUCUGACAACAGCCCUGUUUGUUGCUGGCUGCGAGGCCAUAGGACGGGCUAGAAGCGACAUUAGAUCGCUACUUCAAGGUCAGUAUGAAAUCACGCGGAACCAAAGCGCCAAGCGGACCCUGCAGCAGCUCGAAAGACUGUGGGAGCUUGCACCAGAUGAUUCCAACACCGGUACGAGUUGGCCACCUACGUCCAUUGCUUGGGACGACUUUGUGCCAUAUUGA